CAAAAAACUAAAGAUAUAUAUAAAAAAAAGUUAAAAAAAAAAUAAAAAAUAAAAAAUGGGUUCAUAUAUCGGAAUUUCUACAAUUUUCGUUCUAUGUCUGGUGGCAUUUUCAGCCAAUGCUCAUGAGGUGUUUAACAUUAAUUCUCCUCCAGGUUCUGAUAUUACUCAGGAACUUUUAAAAGCAUUCACAGCGGCAUGCCAAUGUACGACACCGAGCAGGGUGGUGAUCCCAAAAGGAGAGUUCAAGCUUUGUGAGAUCAUUAUGACAGGGCCAUGCAAAGCUCCAAUCGAGAUCAACUUGCUAGGCACUCUUCUUGCUGACGGAAGUAACAUCCACGGAAAGGAUAAAUGGGUCGUCUUCCGCAAAAUUAAUGGGUUUAAGUUGAACGGAGCUGGAACCUUCGACGGUGAAGGUAGCGCAGCUUGGAGGGUCAAUAACUGUCACAAGACUAGCAAUUGCAAGAAACUUCCCAUCAGUCUGAGAUUUGAUUUCGUGACGAACGCUGAGAUAAGAGACAUAUCCUCAGUGGAUUCCAAGAACUUCCACGUCAACGUGAUCGGCGCCAUGAACAUGACCUUUGACAACGUCAAGAUCUUGGCUCCAGCAGAGAGCCCUAACACCGACGGGAUCCACUUGGGAAGAAGUGACGGAGUUAGCAUCAUCAACUCUAGGAUCUCCACCGGAGAUGACUGUACCGUACAAGAGACUGACAACGGCCUCAGAAUCAAGACUUGGCCCACCGCGGCUUGCUCCACCGUCGCCUCCGGUAUUCAUUUUGAGGACAUCAUCCUUAAAAACGUUAGCAACCCAAUCCUCAUCGACCAGGAGUACUGUCCUUGGAACCAGUGCAACAAGCAAAAAUCUUCAUCCAUUAAGCUGGUAGACGUAAGCUUCACCAAUAUUAGAGGGACAUCAGCAAACAAGGAUGCAGUGAAGCUAUUGUGCAGUAAAGGUUAUCCGUGUGAGAACGUUGUGGUUGGAAACAUUAAUAUUGAGUACACUGGACGCGAUGGUCCAGCCACUUUCAUGUGCUCAAAUGUAAAGCCUAAGCUUGUGGGAGUUCAGAACCCAAAGGCUUGUAACACCCCACCAGUAUUGACCCAACCUAAGUAAAAUGUAGAAAUCUCACAGCAUAUAUUAAUUUAGGAGUUUCACAUCCAAUUUUCUUCAGUCUUAUUUUUUUUCCAAAGUCACAAAGACGUUUAAAAAGAUGUAAAAGAUUUUCUUUAACUUUUCUUGUUUGAUGCCAAUAUAUAACGUGUGUGUGCAUAUAGAGAUAUGAUAAAACUACAAAAUUUAAUAUAUCUUUUUGCAUAUG